GCCAUCUCGCAGCUGAGGGAAGGAGCAUCGAAAGAGAAAUUAAUAAAGAGCACUGCGCUGCGGUGGCCAUGGCAGCGUUGCGCGCCAAGCUUCCCCCUCCCCGCAUGGGCACGCACGGCCGCGUCGACGACGAGUGCCCCGGCCGCGAGGGCGCUGCGCAUUCUUCCGGUAACUUCCGCCGUUAUAAAUUGCGCCGGGCGCUCACUCCCACAUGUUAAACUGCCACACCCGCACGCCUCCCCAGUCAAACACAGCUCAGCUCUGCUAGCGAACUCCUCUUAUCUACACAGCCCCCCAACGCACGCCCUGAUCCCUGCUUCUCCUUGGCUGCUUCCCUUCUCCCUCCCUCCUCCCGCUCGAUCGGUUUCACCGUUCACUGUCCGCGCUCUCCAGUCUCCACCCGCCGCGGUCAGCCCGGCAGCGUCGUGCUCCUCCGACCAGUGACUAGUGUCGGGAGGUGAGAGAGGUGGGGUUGAUUGCAAGUGGGGAGGUGGGGUGGGUGAUGUACGGCUCGCCGGUGCCCAAGGACCUCAACCUGCCAGCAGCCCAGCCGCAGCCGACCAGGACGCCGCCGCAGAUGAGCUCACCGGGCCUGCUGCGGUACAGGUCGGCGCCGAGCACGCUGCUCGGCGAGGUGAUGUGCGGGGAUCACGACUUCCACGAGGCGGCGGCGGCAGGGCACGGCCCGGCGCACGCCGCCGCGGACAACGUCCUGGCCCGGUUUCUCGCCGGGCACCACGCGGACAUCCCGGACUGCAAGCCUCCCCGCCCCGCCGCGGCCGCCGCCCACUUCAUGGAGGACGCCGCGUCCAUGGCCACCCCACAGCAGCAGCAGCAGCUCAUGUACCAGUCGCAGCAGCAGAUGGCCGCUAUGGAGGGGCUCUACCGCAACGUCAGCUCCGGCGGCACGGAGCAGGCUGUCGCCGCCGGCGCCAGCGGCGGCGCCGUGCUCCGUCAGAGCAGCUCCCCCGCUGGUUUCCUGAACCAUCUGAACAUGGACAACGGGUACGGGAGCAUGCUCCGGGCGGGCAUGGCCGGCGGGUUCAGGAACGGCGUCGUCAGCGACGCGCGGCUCAAGGGGCAGCUGAGCUUCUCGUCCCGCCAGGGGUCGGUGAUGUCGCAGAUCUCCGAGGUGGGCAGCGAGGAGCUUGACGGCGGCGGCAGCCCCGAGGCGGCCGGCAGCAACGGCGCGGCGCGCGGGUACAGCGGCAUCCCGGGGUACCCGAUGGGCGGCGCGUCCGGCGCCUGGACGGACGAGCAGUCGCCGACGUCGUCCGGCGCGAAGCGCCCCCGCGACUCCGGCCCGCCGCCGCAGAACGGGCAGCAGCAGCCGCCGCCGCCUCUGGCGCCGCAGCUCAGCCUGCCCGGCGGCACCGGCAGGAACGGCGUCGGGAAGCAGUCCUCGGCGGAGACGGCGGCGAUCGAGAAGUUCCUGCAGUUCCAGGACGCCGUCCCCUGCAAGAUCCGCGCCAAGCGCGGGUGCGCCACCCACCCCCGCAGCAUCGCCGAGCGGGUGAGGAGGACGAAGAUCAGCGAGCGGAUACGGAAGCUGCAGGAGCUCGUGCCCAACAUGGAAAAGCAAACCAACACUGCCGACAUGUUGGAUCUGGCCGUGGACUACAUCAAGGAUCUUCAGAAGCAGGUCAAGGUGCUGAACGACGGCCGCGCCAGCUGCACCUGCUCCGCCGGCAAGCUGCUGCAGAACCAGUUCGCCAGCUGAAACAGCCGCCACCUCUCACGGCUCGAUGCGGCGCGGCACGGCCGCAAGGCCUGGCCGGAGGAGAGGCCUCUGCGCCGGCGCCGGCAGCUCGUUCCUCCUCCUUUGGUCCUAGUCCUACCGGUGUACUACUUGUCAGCGUAUAUGUGAGGAGGUGAAACCGUACAAAAAAAAGAGAAAAAGAUACGGAAAUGAGAUUAGUCUGGAGUACAUGCAUGGCCAUUAGCAGGCAGGGCCCCACAAGGACCGCCGGCCCCACGUGUUAGUGAUAGCUGCGGGCUCGGUUACUUGGUUGAUUCUUCUUGCUGUGAAGGGUGGUGAAAUCACCCAUCAGAAAUGGACAGGCCUCGUCUCGUCUUUAUUUGACUGUUCGUCUCCGUUCA